UACUUCGAUAGCACGCCUAUCGAUUGCACGGCCACCUCCAGUUUUUUUGUUAUUUUACGUGCGCGUUGACAUUUUUGCAGCGCUUUUUAAUUUAUUAUUAUUAUUUAAACUAACUCACAAUGGAGUUGGGUGCGUGCUAGACCCGAGAUCGAUGUCGAUCGGAAAAUUAACACGGACUCCAUGACAAAAGCUCUGGCCCGACGGUACACGUACUUUUUGGCGAACGCUGCCUUGUCUAUUCGCAAGAAUAGUAAAUUAGCCAAUUAGGCACCAGCCACGGUUUAGUUUAGUUAAAGCGACUAAAACAUGCACAUGCGGCUGCACUUGGUGCGCUUUAUGUUCAUAAAUCUGCUGCUGAGCUGCUGUUUCUGGUUGUACGACAAUGUGGCAGCUGCAGAUUCACCAAUCCAAAGCAACGAUGGCGGCUCAGCCAAGGACGCAGCUCGGAUAACUCACAUAGAUCCGGAGGAACCGGAAGCGCCUCCAAAGCCGGAACCUCCGCCCCCGCCGCUCUACGACGAAGCUGGAGCUCGGUUGCCCACUCCACAUGAAGGCGCGCCUAUCGCUGCCUCAUCCUCCUCCUCUCCGGUGCCUCAAACUGGCAAUCGGCCAAUAUCCGGGGACACGUCAGUGCCUGUGAAGGAGCUGCCCGCGCUAUCUGACCAGCGGCGGGCCAAUAGCCAUAGUGAAUAUGUUAGUGAAAUCGAUAUAGCCGCUGAUGUGGGUGGCGCGCCCUCAUCCACCGCCCAAGUGCCAAAUAAUCAAUUAAAUUAUAAUAAGCGUAGUAGUGCCGGCAAAGUGCAUAGUUUUAGUGAAUCGCAGCAAUUAGAGCUACCAAAGCAAUUGGAGGAGGAGCGGCCGGCGAGGGGACAGCCGCAAUCAGCGGAGCUGCAAGAACAACAACCACCGCAGGCGGAGGAAAGCUUUCCGGAGAUCAUUACGGAGCUGCCAACGGUCACCAUAACAGAGCUGCCGCUGGAUCGAGUAAAGAACCGCCUGGAUUCGGUUAUCCUGGACGCGUUCCAGGUCACAGCGGGCAACCAUAGCGAUGAGGAGCAGCCUCACCAGCAGCCACCUCACCAGGACCAGCCCAUGCAAGUGCCGGAGGCUGACGAAGAAGUUCCUCAAAAAGAUGAGCAAAUGCCGAAGAUAAACGAUCCCGGCGGAGGCAUUGAAGUGGAAGGAAUGGCCCCACAAGAAGCUGCUGCCGUAGGCGAGACCCAAGAGAGCCGCGAGGAGUUGCAGCCUGGAUCAGCUGCAUUCAAUGAGACAGGGGGCACGGCCAACCUUACGAAUGCCAGCGAGGAAGUGCCCAUGCCAGUGUUUUCCGAGUGGGCGCAGAAGCAAAUGGAGGCGGAGGCCAGCAGAGAGCAGGCCAUGGAGUUGGAGCAGCAGGUGGUUAAUAAGUCCGCCCAACGCAAGAACAACACUGGAUCUUCCAGUGGGAAGCCGCCAACGCUGAAGCUGCGCUCCAAGAACUACGCCUCACCGGACUGCGGAGCCAAGAUAAUCGCCCACAAUUCCGAGUCCAAGCACACGGAAGCUGUGCUCACCCAAUCCACCGAUGAGUACAUGUUGAGUACUUGCGAAAGUCGGAUUUGGUUCGUGGUGGAGCUGUGUGAGGCCAUUCAGGCGCAGAAGGUGGACGUGGCCAAUUAUGAGCUCUUCAGUUCGUCCCCCAAAAACUUUACGGUAGCCGUUUCGAAACGAUUCCCCACCCGGGACUGGAGCAAUGUGGGGCGCUUUGCUGCAGAGGACAAACGAACCAUUCAGACUUUUGAGCUGCAUCCUCACUUAUUUGGAAAAUUCGUUCGCGUUGAAAUCACAUCGCACUACGCCAAUGAGCACUUUUGCCCGCUGUCGUUGUUCCGAGUGUUUGGCACCUCCGAGUACGAGGCAUUCGAAACGGAAAUCCGACCAAGCGAUGACCUGGACGAUUUCUACGAUGACUACGGCGCUCAAGAGCAGAAGGCAGCCGUUGGCAGUGGUGGCAAUAUCUUUCAAAGCGCCUCGGAUGCCGUGAUGCAAAUGGUCAAGAAGGCUGCGGAGGUUCUGGUCAAGCCCACAAAGGCUCUAAAAUGGUCAGCGGAAUCUGUGCUCUGUCAAACGCCAGCGUUUGAAACUUACAGCUGCAGCAACUGUAACACCACCCUGGUAGAGCGGAUUAACAGUCUUUUGUCCUGCCAGUUCCAGCAGCUGCAGGCACUCCUCAGCCUUAGUCGCUUACGGUCAGAUCUCCUCCACAGUCGCGUGUGCCAGGAGCAGUUCGGCAUAAGCCUUAUGGGUUCGGAUUUCGCUAGUAAAAUGGGCAAGGAGCAGAGCUAUUUCCUCAGCAUGUUGCCAGCGGAACAUGUUGGAGCCAUGUGUAAACUGGUGCAGGCGGAGCAGAAUGUAACGGACCAACGCCAUACAAAGGCGCCAACUCUGAAGCAGCACGUCAGCUCACCAGAAGCAGUGCAGGAUAACGCCACUGCUACGGGCGUUCGUCAGGACUGCGACAACAGCAAGGAACGCCAGCCGACAAAAACGGCCACAAAGGAACCCCAAACACCCAGUCUAGAGGUUGUGGUGCCCGAGGUAAGCCAAGAAGUGCCUUCACUGGAAGACCAGUCGUCGACCUCCAGCGAAACAGUCUCCACCACGAACUCCACGCCCGCCGACGUGAAUAUAUUCAACGUGCCGUCGGAAUCUGAGGAAGUGGAGGUCAAAGUAGAGCUUCCUCCGGAGCCAACACUUCCGAAAACUUUGGAGCCCAGCGAUGUAGAGUCAUUCACUGACGCUCCUAGCACAAAUGCACCCCUGACCUCUAGUGAAGCUUCGGCGAACGCUGAUCUGGGAAUGGAGGAGGGUAAUCCGACUAACUGGGAAGGCAUUGACAGUCUACUGACCACUACGGUGGCUUCGAUAACCGCUGGAGGAGGUGCUGCUGCCGCUGCAGCCGCCGUGGUAAACGGAAACGGCAACAUCGGAGGAGCUGGCAUUGUCGCAGCAGGAGGACCAGCGAGUGUGUCCAGUGUUAAUAUGCAGCAGAAGCUGACGAAUGGAGCCCAGUCGGAGAGUGUGUUCAUUAGGCUCUCCAAUCGCAUAAAGGCGCUCGAACGAAACAUGUCGCUUUCUGGACAAUACCUGGAGGAGCUCUCGAGGCGCUACAAGAAGCAAGUGGAGGAGCUGCAGCAGACGCUCACACAACAGACGCUCACGGUGCGUCAACUGGAGGAUCAAAGCAGGCGGUACGUAGAGCAGGAGCAGCUAUACCAGCAGCACAGCGCGGAGCUGGCCGGCGAGGUGAGGGCGUUGUCCUACCAGGUGCAGGCCUGCAUCCUGGUCAUCAUCAUUGUGGGCACCUGCAUCUUCCUGAUGCUCGUCCUGGGCACCGUCUACUAUCGCAAGCUGCGACGCCAGCAACAACAGCUAUUGAAGAAGGACCAGGCGGGCCAUCCACCUGUGGCUGCAAAGCCAAAGUUGGAUCGCCGUAAGUCCUAUGAGCAGAUGCCAAAUCAAACCACACCCAAGCAACGGCGUCCAAGCGAAGAGGCCAUGCUCAUUCUGAAGGAGUGCGGGGACAGCAACCUGCAGGAGCAGGAUCCCUCACACCGCCAGCGCAAGAUUUCCGUUUGCUAUGGCAGUAACAAUAACAUAGCCGCCAAUAUGGUGAUUGCCAACACAAACGGCGCUGCGAGUGUCCGAAAUUCUUUGCACAGGCGAAAGGGAGCCAAGCACUCGUGGCACAACAGUCUGGAUACCACGGAGACGUCCUGCGGCGAGCAAACGGACAAGUUCUUCGAUGUGGACACCCUUAAAAGCACAAAGCAAAUUUGCGGCAAGCCGGGGAAGAAGAAAUCCCAUCAGCAACUGAAACCACUGGCUCUUAAACGCCAGGAAUCCGCGCCAGCCACCUAUACGCCUGAUAUGCAAGCUGAGGAACCAGCCACGCAGAGCGACUUCGACGAGAGCCUAAUGCUUGACGAUGAUGAUCUAGCUAACUUUAUACCCACCAGUGAUUUGGCCUACAAUGAGUUUAUGCCGGAGGGACCCUCGGGCUACCAGAUUGUGGACACCGUAGACGGGAAACCUGGCAAAGAGCAGGGAACCAAGAAAUCGAGACGCCUGUCCUCGCCGGCCUUCUUUAAGUCGCCUUUCAGCAAGAGCAAAAACAAGGGCUACAGCUUUAAUGGCGUCAAAAACAGCCAUUCGGUUCACGAGCCCACAUCCUGGGAGUGGUACCGCCUCAAGCGAAGCGAGAAGCAGCAGCAGGCGAAGCUGGCCAGCAAGAGUCUGCCAAGCGCUAGCCUAGACAGCUCGUCGCUGUCGGAGGUCAACUUUCCACUGAGCUCCAGCUCCGCCACACAGAAUUCCGUUCGGAUACUGGGCGAGGCCAUUCUGUCCUCCGGGGAGGGACGCAUCACCCCGAAUGGGAAUGGCAACGCAGCGUCUGGUGUGCUGGCAAGCAGCAGUAGUGGAAGUGGCAGUGGAGGCAGCACCACCUCAUCCACCACCAAGAAGAAGCAGCGCGCCCUUAACAACCUCUUUCGCAAGGCCUUCGACUUUUAACUAGAACCCAGUGUUUCGACUUAGUUAGCUUUUUUAGAUUUGCGCAUAUUGUACAUUUUCUUAUGGAUUCGGAGAAAACCUGUUGGGUUUGUAUUUUGAUCAAUUGUUUGUACAAACAAAUAGUUAUGUUUUGCCGACUUUGGAGAGGUCUGUGAAGUGAGAAAAAGUGAGAGUUCCUUUUGUGUUGCAGAGAAAUGCAAAUGACUGUUAAGUGAAAACAAGAAAUUUAAGUAAAGUACUUAUAUAUUUUGUAGUAUGCUUGCUUGCGUAGAGUAAACAGCCUAGGUUAAUUAUGUGUGUAUAUUCCAAGCCUCGUCAUUCUUGCUACAUUCACCCAAUCCCACAAUUAUCUACUUUAAAUGAUGAACGAAACAUUUGCAAGUUGUUGCCACAUAUUUAGUUUGUUAUUCUUAGCAAUUUCUACAUACAAUUAGUUAAUAGUUUAGUCUUUAUUUAUAACUAAAUACAAUU